CUGACCAGGGAUCGAACCAGGGUCCCCUGCAUUAGGAGCAUGGAGUCUUAACCACUGGACCACCAGGGAAGUCCCUGUAUUCACAUUUUAAGUUGGGGGAGGUUUAAGUCCUUUGGAAUGUUGAAGGAAGGAUCCAGAAGAGACGGAUGUUGGUGAUCCAGGAAGGGCAAGAGAAUGGCUUUUGGAGUCCAAGGAUGGUUCUGUUAUGAGGAAGAGGUGCCUCUUCCAUGGUAAUAGGCCGUGAGAGCACAGGCCAGCUUGGUCGCAGGGCGUGGAAGGUUUGGAGGCUGGAAAUAAGAGUUCUCAGGUGAUGGCUUCUCUUUUUCCAAAGAAGGCAGGAAGAUUUUCACUGGGGGAGAAGGAGUGGAGUGAGGGCUUCAGAAGACCUGGGCGUGUGAAAUGCCACAGAGGAGCAGGGGCAGCAGCACAGGGAAACUGGAUUGUUGGGCUCAGUGAAAGUCCAGUGGAGAGUGGAGAUCAGGAGUGUGCAGCAGUCUUAACAUGCCCCAAAGCAAGAUGGCUGUAGGGUUUUUUCAGGCAGGAAUGAUGGGAGAACCCUGGGGCAAGGGAGUCAGUGACAGGCUAGACCACUGGGUGGACUGGGGAGGGAGAGAGGUGAAGAUGGGAGGGGUCAGUGCAUUGGGAGGAGGACGACGACUGAGGUGAGAGAAGAAUCUGGAAGCCCCAUGACUAAUAGCAUGGGCAGAGGCUCUGGGAUGAUCCUGGGAUGGGUGAGGUGGGGGAUAUUGCUUUGGUAUCCCCAGGACUUCCCUGGCGGUCCAGUGGUUGAGCCUCCACGCUUCCACUUCAGGGGGCACGGGUUCAAUCCCUGGUCAGGGAACUAAGAUCCUGCAUGUUGCUCAGCAUGACAAAAAAAAAAAAAAAAAAAAGGGUAUCCCCUUUCUGGGGCUGGGAGUGCCUUCCAGCAGAGGCAGCCAUGCAAGGGAAGGGACUCAUUAUUUCCCCAGGAUGCUUCAGGGGGCCUCAGGCCUUCCAUUGCAGGGCACUGGCUGUGAAGCAGCCCCACCUGGAAGCUGUUGGAGGCAUUGGAGCUGGGCUGGAGACCAGGACUCUGGGGUCUGAUGCCUCCACAUGCUGCCCCAUCACCAGGCUGUUCCUUGCUGGGCCCCCACCCCUUUUCUUGCAGUGGCUUAGCCCCCCUCCCUGACCCUGGGAAGAACCUGAAGGGGGACCCAAAGGUGCCAUAGGAGAGUAGGUUCCCAUGGGUGAGGGGCUGAAUGGAAGGAGAGGCUGGCUUCUCCAGUUCUGUCUUCCAGCCCCAGGAACUCUUCCCGCCUGCCAGGCCCCAUGCAUAGAAUGAAGUGCAUUCACGCUCUCAAGGAAUCCUUGCAAACCCUCCGAGGUGGGUGCUGUUAGCAGCCCUUCUACCCAGGAGGCCCUGAGGCUCCGGGAAAGCGACCUGCCUCAGGUUGGUGGUAGAGAGGAGCUAGAACCCACCGCUGGUGCCUCCAGACCCCUCCCCUCCCCUGCCCUAAGAGAGUCUGGGGACCCUCUUCCAUCUCAGCAGGGGCCUUAGGACCCCGACUCUGACCAGACACAGGAGUCACACUGCUUUGGAGGGGGCUGGGUCACCGUGAGGGGCUGAGUGGUGCCCCAUGUUCUACACUCAAUCUAAGAGUAGGCCUUGCUCUCCUAAAGGGCCGGAGCAGUGCCAGUGCUGGCGACGGAGGCGAGGACGAUGACGCGCGGGGGACGUCAGGCUCGGACCGCGGCGGGAUGACGUCUGCAGGUGUGCCACAGACCACAACGUGGACAAUACCACAGAGAUGCUGCAGGAGUGGCUGGCUGCUGUGGGCGAUGACUAUGCUGCUGUGGUCUGGAGGCCUGAGGGGGAGCCCAGGUCCUACCCAGACGAAGAGGGCCCUAAGCACUGGACCAAAGAAAGGCACCAGUUUCUGAUGGAGCUGAAACAGGAAGCCCUGACCUUUGCCAGGGACUGGGGGGCUGACUAUAUCCUGUUUGCAGAUACGGACAACAUUCUGACCAACAACCAGACACUGCGGCUUCUGAUCGAGCAGGGGCUGCCCGUGGUGGCCCCGAUGCUGGACUCUCAGACCUACUACUCCAAUUUCUGGUGUGGGAUCACCCCUCAGGGCUACUACCGCCGCACAGCCGACUACUUCCCUACCAAGAACCGCCAGCGCCGGGGCUGCUUCCGUGUCCCCAUGGUCCACUCCACCUUCCUGGUAUCCCUGCGGGCGGAGGGGACAGAACAGCUGGGCUUCUACCCCCCUCACCCCAACUAUACCUGGCCCUUCGACGACAUCAUCAUCUUCGCCUACGCCUGUCAGGCUGCUGGGGUCUCGGCCCACGUGUGCAACGAGCACCGUUAUGGGUACAUGAACGUGCCUGUGAAAUCCCACCAGGGGCUGGAGGAUGAGAGAGUCAACUUCAUCCACCUGAUCUUGGAAGCGCUGGUGGAUGGGCCCCCCAUGUGGGCCUCAGCUCAUGUGUCCCGGCCCCCAAAGAGGCCCAGCAAGAUGGGGUUUGAUGAGGUGUUUGUCAUCAGCCUGGCCCGCCGGCCCAACCGCCGAGAGCGCAUGCUUAGUUCGCUCUGGGAGAUGGAGAUCUCUGGGCGUUUGGUGGAUGCCGUGGACGGCCGGACACUCAACAGCAGUGUCAUGAGGAGCCUCGGCGUGGACCUGCUUCCCGGCUACCAGGACCCCUACUCGGGCCGCACACUGACCAAGGGCGAGGUGGGCUGCUUCCUCAGCCACUACUCCAUCUGGGAGGAGGUGGUUGCCCGGGGCCUGGCCCAGGUCGUGGUGUUUGAGGACGACGUGCGUUUUGAAAGCAAUUUCAAGAUGCGGCUGGAGCGGCUGAUGAAGGAGGUGGAGGCGGAGAAACUUCCUUGGGACCUGAUCUACCUCGGCCGGAAGCAGGUGAACCCUGAGGAGGAGGCAGCCGUGGAGGGGCUGCCGCACCUGGUGGUAGCUGGCUACUCGUACUGGACACUGGCGUACGUCCUGAGCCUGGCUGGCGCCCGCAAGCUGCUAGCCUCCCAGCCCCUGCACCGAAUGCUGCCCGUGGAUGAGUUCCUGCCCAUCAUGUUUGACCAGCACCCCAAUGAGCAGUACAAGGCACACUUCUGGCCGCGGGACCUGCGGGCCUUCUCAGCCUGGCCCCUGCUCGCUGCUCCCACCCACUACGCGGGGGACGCUGAGUGGCUCAGCGACACAGAGACGUCCUCGCCCUGGGACGAUGACAGCGGCCGCCUCAUCAGCUGGAGUGGCUCUUAUAAGACCCUGCGGGACCCCCGCCUGGACCUGGCCGGCAGCAGUGGGCACAGCCUCCAUCCCCACCCCCAGGAUGAGCUCUAGGUCAGGCUGGUGACUCCAGAGAAGUACCAGGGAAUAGGCCAUAGCUGUCCAGGGAGCAGAGCAAGAGCCGCCACCAGGAACCAUAGACCCAGUAGAGACCUGGCUGCCACCUUGGGCAUGGCCACUCUGCCCUCUGGACUCGUCUUCCAUUGGGAGAAACCACUCAGAGACGGGUCCCCUUCCCCAAAGGUCACGUAGCACAAGGGCAGGGCUCGCAGGCCCUCUUACUUUGCCAGCCUGAUUCCGGGCCUGGGGUGGAGGGAAGAAGGGAGGGCCCCCAGCCUUCAGUUUCAAGCUGGGCGGACACAGGAGCCCUGCCCCCAGCUGAGGACCCAGCUGCUGGGGCCCCUCUGCCACCUUCUACCUCCACCUCAGUUCCCUAUCCAGCUUGACACAUGGGUCUCACCUGCCACCCUCUUCCCUGGCCAGUGGGAAGUGCAGGGAGGUGGGAGGAGGACCCAGCACACAGUAGGCCCUCAAUAAAAGCUGGCUGGUAUUGCACUUUAUACUUUUUAA